AUGACUUCUUCUAUUCCAACGAAAUCAUCGAUAACAAAUGAUUUUUAUUAUGCUUGUCGAAAUGGAUUAAUAGAUAUUGUUCAACAAGAAUUACCAAAUAUGAGUUUAGAAGAGAUUGAUCAAGUUCAAGCUAAUGGUUCAACGGCACUUCAUGCCGCAUCUUAUAAUGGUCAUACAGAAAUUGUUAAAUUAUUAUUAGAGAAAGGUGCAUGUCGUUCAAUACCUAAUACAUAUAAAUGUUUACCGUUUGAUGAAGCAAAAAGUACUGAAAUAAAAGAAUUAUUUCUUCGUCGAUCGAAUCGUUUUACUGAUGAAGAAUCAGGUCAUAUUGAUUGGAUGAAAUGUGAUGCAGCUGCUGAACAAUUAGCAAAAGAUUAUCGAUAUCGACACAGUGGUUUAGGAUGGACAUCGAAAAAUAUUGAACAUCGUUUAAAAUAUAUUAAAGAUGAAAUGUCACAUACAGAACAAGAACGUAUUAGUACUUUUCUUAAUCAAGUUCAACAUGAUCCUGAAUCUCUUCUUCGAGCUUAUACUGUUGAAUCAAGUUUUUAUAUUAAAUUAAAUAAAGAUUUAGCAAUGAAACAUUUUGAACAAGGAACUAAUUUUGGAUUAACAUAUUUUAUUGAUUUUUUCUACAAUCAUCCUGCAUUUCAAUCUUUAUCGUAUAUUGGUAAUGUUUAUCGUGGUAUGACUGUUACUCAUGAUGAUCUAAAAGAAUAUAAAGUAGGAAAUAAAAUAAUGAAUAAAGCAUUUAUGUCAACAACAAUUGAACGUCAAGUAGCUGAAGAUUUUGCAAGAAAAGAGGCUAAUCAUCGAAAAACGAAAAAUGGUGAUCUUGUCAAAUUAUCGGUUCUAUGUUCAUUUCAAAUUGUUAAUCAUCGUACUGGAUUAAAUAUUGAAAAUAUUUCAAAAUAUCGACAUGAAAAAGAAAUUUUAAUCGGUCCAUAUACUGCAUUUUCAAUCACAGCUGUACGUCAAAUUGCUCAUAACUAUGCAGAAAUUGAUUUACGUGAAUGUCAAAUUGUACAUCAAGAUGAAAAUCAUCAUAAUGUUGAUGAUGAUGACUUUGAUUAA